AUGGCAACGAGAUCAAUUCCUCCGGUGAGCCCGCAUCGCAUCAAUCAGCUAGCCAAGAACAAGAAACCUAGCCAGCCCAGGGCUCCAAGUCAACCCCGCGCGCGCCAUGGACAUGCCGAGACUUCUCCUCGUCGUCCUCCUCGCGGCCGCCUCGUGCGUCAACGUCUCCGCGACCCAAGCGCCGUGGCCCGUCGCGUUCUCCGCCGUCUUCCUCUGGGCUCUCGCCUCCACCGCGCUCGCUGUGCUCCUACCGCGCCGCCGCCCCGGGUGACCGGAGAGCACGCGCCUCCGGCUGUCGUCCACGUCCGCGCCAUGCAAUCACUGAAAGCAUGGCGUGGGCACGUCGGCAGCCGGCGGUUCGCCGGCAGUUCGCGCGUCACGGUGUCGAUCCAUGAAAAGCUCGCCGGAGAUUCCACACUGAUACCGGAGCGGUAUCCAGUUAGAUCCAGUCCAUUCCUCAAAACAUAGGUACGUACGUAUGGCCCACCCGUCAGUGAUAAACCCGAGUUGGUGGAGACAGCUACUUCUCCAGUUCUUUUCCGCAAAGAGAAAAAAGGACAGGUCAAGGAGUCCAGUGCUGCGUCAAGAACCAGUGGUGCACUCCACUGUCACUCAUCUACUCUAUAUGAUUGUAUUGGUAUUUUGAACCGAAUGUUUGUAUUGGUAUAUUGCUCAAGAAAAAGAACAGAGUCUGUAAAAUUAUUGGUCCUUUUCGUGUUAUGGAAUGGAAUAAUAAUAAAGUUGUAAUUGUA